AUGGCUGGGAUGUUCUCAUUAGUAGGAAACAACAACAACAACAACAACAACAACAGAGACGAAGAAGAAAGAAACCAACAACAACAACAAAAGACAAAUUGGGUUUGGUACAGAUCAAACACAAACACCAAUAAUAUCAACCAAAGCUCGAGCCUAUGGCAGAUUCCACUAGAGCAACAGAUUCUCAUGCCUCACCAUCAACCACAUCCACAACAACAAAGCAUAGAUCUUUAUCCAGGUCAUCAGAUAGACGUCUCUGAUUUAGCCACCUCAUCAAGAUCCAUCACCAUAACCUGUCGGGACUGUGGAAACCAAGCCAAGAAAGAUUGCACUCACACUCGUUGCAGAACUUGCUGUAAGAGCCGCGGCUUUGAUUGUUCUACUCACGUUAGGAGCACGUGGAUCCCCGUUGCUAGACGCCGUGAGAGACAACAACAGCUUCAUAUGUCCACAUCUGGAGGCGUCGGUGGUUCAAGUAUCCCUAAACGUCAUAGGGAUACAACUCUUCCGGGAACAUCCUCCUCUCGCUUACCAUCCGACUCAGCAGGGUUAGAAAUGGGGAAGGCGAGUUUUCCGCCCGAAGUGAGCUCGGAUGCGCUUUUCCGGUGUGUAAAAAUGAGCGGAGUAGACGACGGUGGAGAUGGCCAAUACGCUUAUCAAACGACGGUGAACAUAGGAGGUCAUAUGUUCAAAGGAAUCCUAUAUGACCAAGGCCCUGAAAGCAGCUACAUGAGUGGUGGCAGUGGCGGAAGCGAUCAUCAUAGCUCUUCCGCAGGAGGUGGAAAUACGUCUAAUACUCCAGCAAUAGCAGACGGUGGAGGAGGAGGAGGAGGAGGAGGAACGUCGGCGAUGUUUGUAGAUCCUAAUUCUGCUAGUUACUAUUCAAGUAACAUGAUGACUAUGUUCGUGCCACCAGGUACACACUUCUAUCAAAACCCACCAAGAUCUUGAUUAAAUCAAGAACUCGAGUUUUUAUAUAAUAUAUUGAAUUUAUAUAUGCAAUGUGUGUUUUGAGUUUUUUUAAUCAAUCGUAUGUUAUAGAUGGACGAUAUUGCAAAUCGUAUCAACAUCUGCAUGUUUGUUUGUCUUGUAAUAUGUGUUUA